CAUGAGAAUAGUGUCAGUUCUGCCAAUAUAGGCAAAAAUUUUAAAAUUAUCUGUUUAGUAGAAUGUGCAUUUGUCCCACGCUGGGACUCAAAAUCGGACUUUUGAUUUUAAUACCUAUAACCGCAGGAUUUAAUGCUGCUCAAGUAGCAAAAGACAUUUCUAUCUGGAAUGAGGUGAAGGGCUCCAACCAGGUUAUUUUAAUUAUAAGCCUAGCGCUGUCUAUAGUCAUAACGGUUGCUCUUAUUCCCCUAAUGUAUGCGACCAUCCGAAAAAUUGUGCUGAUUAUAUACGUUGUGCUUUAUUUUUUUAUAUUUUACAUAUUGGCCAAACUGAUCAUCCUACUUGUGAAUGUAUCUAUUGAUAACCCCGAUAAGACAGCAGCUCAUUCCUGGUUCAUUGCGUGCUGGUUUAUUUCGUUUCUAUGCAUGGCCUUUAUAAUAUUGUACUACAUCCGUCUACAUGACCUGUCCAUCGACGAAGAUUUUGCUAACUAAAUGUCGACUAAAAGUUCAGAUUUAAAGGGUAAUGUCUUAUCAUUACAUUAAGUCCGCC